CUUUAUUAUCCUUCCUGUAUAUUUUUUCCUUCAUAAUAUAUUACUAUCCUUCUCGUUUAUUAAUACAAACUUGAAUUCUUCUUCUUCUUAACUUUGUCUGUCAAUUCACAUAUAUAUAGUACCACCAUCACAUAAGUAUCUCAUAACACAUCAUGGUGAACGAAGAAAUGGAGUCAUCACUUAAAGUCAUCGACGUGGCACGAGUCACACCAUCAAACUCCGACUCGUCCGAGUCACUCACUCUCCCACUCACCUUCUUCGACCUCCUCUGGUACAAACUUCACGCCGUCGAACGAGUCAUCUUCUACAAACUCACCGACGCAAGUCGUCCUUUCUUUGACUCAGUCAUCGUCCCAAACCUCAAAACAUCUCUCUCCUCAUCCCUCUCUCACUACCUCCCACUCGCCGGAAAACUCGUGUGGGAACCACUUGAUCCCAAACCGAAAAUCGUCUACACCCCAAACGACGCCGUUUCAUUCACCGUCGCCGAGUCAAACGCAGACUUCUCACGUUUAACCGGCAAAGAACCGUUCCCCACCACCGAGUUAUACCCGUUAGUCCCCGAGUUACAUGUCUCCGACGACUCAGCUUCCGCCGUGUCGUUUCAAGUCACGUUAUUUCCAAACCAAGGGUUUUGCAUCAGCGUUAAUGCACAUCAUGCCGUUUUAGAUGGAAAAACGACAACCAACUUUCUCAAAUCUUGGGCACGCACAUGUAAAAACCAAGAUUCUUUUCUACCGCAGGAUCUAAUCCCAGUUUACGAUCGUACGGUCAUAAAAGAUCCAAUGGAUUUAGAUACAAAGAUCUUAAACGCUUGGCACAGAGUAGCCAAAGUGUUCACCGGUGGUAAAGAACCAGAAAACCCCAAGAGUUUAAAGCUUUUAUGGUCGCCGGAGAUUGGUCCUGACGUUUUCCGAUACACUCUCAAUCUCACUAGAGAAGAUAUCCAAAAGCUUCGAGAGAGACUCAAGAAAGAGUCUUCUUCUUCCUCUGUUUCCUCAUCACCCAAAGAGCUUCGUUUAUCAACGUUUGUGAUUGUUUACUCUUAUGCUUUAACGUGUUUAAUCAAAGCUCGAGGCGGUGAUCCGAGUAGACCAGUCGGGUACGGAUUCGCUGUGGAUUGUCGAAGCCUUAUGGUUCCACCGGUUCCAUCGAGUUAUUUUGGUAAUUGUGUAUCUGCUUGUUUUAAAAUGUCGUUAACGGCAGAGACUUUUAUGAGUGAAGAAGGGUUUUUAGCUGCUGCGAGAAUGGUUAGUGAUUCUGUUGAGGCAUUGGAUGAGAAUGUUGCAUUGAAGAUUCCAGAGAUUUUGGAAGGGUUUACGACUCUUUCACCAGGAACACAGGUUUUGUCUGUUGCCGGGUCGACCCGGUUCGGAGUUUACGGGUUGGAUUUUGGGUGGGGUAGACCGGAGAAAGUGGUGGUUGUGUCAAUUGACCAAGGUGAAGCGAUUUCUUUUGCGGAGAGUAGAGAUGGGAGUGGUGGUGUAGAGCUUGGCUUCUCCCUCAAGAAACAUGAAAUGGAUGUUCUUGUUGAUUUGCUUCACAAGGGACUAGAAAAUUAAAUCAUUUUUUUCUUUCUUCAGAAGAGUAAAAUAAUAUAAGAAAUAAAAUUUAUUGUGGAAAAUUGUAGCUUUCUAUUGUCAAAUAAAUCUAGUUUAGAGUUCCAGCUUCACCAGGAAACUCAAUCUUUGAACCACAUAUAACCUCACUAUGCGUUAAAUUGGAUCUUAAGUUAAACUUAUAUUUCUCAAGAAUACGAUAUGUAGUAUUGCUUUUAGAAGUGUCAAUUGGGCUGUCCAAAGCCCAUUGGUCAUGUCCACUUGGAUCAUUUUUUUCAUGGGUUUUAUUGGUUGGUCUUUAAUGGACAAUGGUUUGAAAAUUUGUCCAAGACCAUUAAAGACCAUUGUCCAAUGGUCAGCCCAUGGUCAGCCCAUGGCCAGCCCAUACAAUGAUGUUUAUAUACAAUGAUGUUUAUAUACAAUGCAUUUUCACACAAUCUCGUUAAAAGCUCUAUUUAUAAAACCAUAACAUCAACAU